UUUUAAUCCGACGUUUGUUAAUCCAAUACAACCCCAAAAUUCAACUCUUGAAGAGUGGUAGCGGCAACUCCUCCGUUCGGGCCGAUAGAAUACUUUGAGAUAAUUGCGGCAGUUUCCUCCAUCAACAACCACAGUUCCACCAUCCCUUUUUCUUAUUCUCCAAAACCUAAUUUCUCAUUCUUCAAACCUACCUUCUUAAUUUCAUUCACUCGUUUUUUCUAAAACCUAAAACCACAAUUCUCAAUUCACUUUUCCCUUUAUCUUCCACACAUCCUUCCUACCAUGUCAAACAGAAACCGCGGCCACCCUCAUCAACCACCACGCGCCGCCAUAUCACCACCACUCCACGAUCCCAUCUUCGCCAUGCGAGGCGGUGGAGGCCAUCCACCCCAUCCAUCUCUUCUAGACGAUUUCCGCGAAUCUCAAUUAGGGUUAGGCCACCGUCUUCCCCUCAUCCACCCUGCCGCCGUCAUUGAAGAACGUCUCGCCGUACAACACGGUGAGAUUCAAGGCCUAUUAGGUGACAACCAGAGAUUUGCAGCCACACACGUGGCGUUAAAGCAAGAACUCGAAGCAGCUCAACACGAAUUACAGCGAAUGGCGCAUUAUAAGGAUUCACUUAGGGCGGAUACGGAGGUGAGGAUGAGGGAGUUGUAUGAGAAGGCGGGUGCAUUGGAAGCCGAGCUUCGUGGCACUGAGGUAGCUAAGGCGGAGCUGCAACAGAUUCGUGGUGAUGUUAAGGAGCUUAGUGCUGUUAGGCAGGAUUUGUCUGGUCAAGUUCAGGCAAUGUCGCAGGAUUUGAGUAGGAUGACUGCUGAUUUGAAACGAAUGCCGGCUUUAAUGGUUGAUGUUGAGGCUAUAAAACAAGAAUUGCAACGUGCAAGAGCUGCCAUUGAAUAUGAGAAGAAAGGAUUCACGGAAAACUAUGAACAUGGUCAAGUGAUGGAGAAGAAGUUAGUUGCUAUGGCUCGGGAGAUGGAGAAACUUCGUGCAGAGAUUGCAAAUGCAGAGAAAAGAGCGCAUGCUACUGCUGCCGCCACCGCUGCUGGGAAUCCAGGUCAAGGGUAUAAUCCAAAUUAUGGCAAUGCUGAGACUGGAUAUGGUGGAAAUCCUUACCCUGCCUAUUAUGGCAUGAACCAGGUACAGCGGCCUGGUGGCGAGAAUUUUCAGCAGUAUGCACCUGCACCUGUACCUGGACCUGCCGCUUGGGGUGCAUAUGAUAUGCAGCGAGUUCAGGGACAUCGAUAGACUUCUAUCCUGCUAAGAAAUCUUAUUUCUGGUAUCCUGGGCUGCAACUUUCUAGAUUGAUUAGGGGUCCUACUCAUGGGCCUCAUGGGAAUUUGUUUCUUAGAUGCUCCUCAAAAUCGUAUUUUUAUCGGAGGGUUCAUAUCAGCUAGAGCAUGCAGUAGAUGAUGUUUGUCUGUGGUGUCAAUUAAUGGAUAUUUUGCUUUAUAAUAGCUUAUUUUUAAGCUUGCUCCUCUGUCCUUAGCUUUAGUUUUUCUUCUACUUACAUCUAAUAUUUGAUAAUUUAUGGUUGGUUACCAUCAAUAUUGUUCACCUACAGUUUGAUUUUAUGUAAAUAUUAGCGAUGUCCACUACCAAGGAGAACAAGGGAAAUAAAAGUUGUUCUUGUUCUCUCUUCAUUACUUGUAAUAGGCUUUCUGGAAAAGGUUAAUUGGCUUGAAGUGUAAGAUCUCUUUGGAGUUGGUUUUAAAUUAAAAGCUGCGAAUAGUUGGAUUUAAUGUAAUUUUCAGCUGCUCGAGAAAGCAUGGAAAUAAAGCUGUUUUUUGUA